CCCCAUCUGGGAGCCAUCUGUGUUUCCCUGGAACCGGACAGGCGGCUCCAGGCAGUGAGAAAUCGCAGAUGUGAGGGACCUGACACAUGUCCAGCUAAUGAAAGGAGAAGGAAGGCUGGGCUCAGGCUGAGCUCCCAGAUUAAGAGCGGCGGAGGAAGAGCCUUUUUAUUUAUAUUGCAGCGAAACGAGGUGUAUUCGACAGCAGCUGGAUUGCGCUAACCUCGCCGCGUAGGUUGCUGGUGAGAAGAGGGUGCCAGUGAUGCCCGGCUCGCCCGUGGAAGUGAAGAUACAGACCAGGUCCUCUCCUCCCAACAUGCCACCGCUGCCCCCCGUCAACCCCGGCGGCCCCCGGCCCGUCUCCUUCACCCCGACUGCACUGCCCAACGGGAUGAACCAUUCCCCCCCGACGCUCAAUGGGGCUCCGUCCCCACCCCAGCGCUUUGGCAACGGCCCGGCCUCCUCCUCCUCUUCCUCGCUGACCAACCAGCAGCUCCCAGCCACGUGUGGAGCGCGGCAGCUCAGCAAGCUGAAACGCUUCCUCACCACCCUGCAGCAGUUCGGCAACGACAUCUCUCCAGAGAUUGGGGAGAAGGUGCGGACCCUCGUCCUGGCCCUGGUGAACUCAACAGUGACGAUUGAGGAAUUUCACUGCAAGCUGCAAGAGGCGACGAACUUCCCCCUGCGGCCGUUUGUGAUCCCCUUCCUGAAGGCCAACCUCCCUCUGCUCCAGAGAGAGCUGCUGCACUGCGCCCGGGCUGCCAAGCAGACGCCGUCCCAGUACCUUGCGCAGCACGAGCACAUCCUUCUCAACACCACCUCCUCCCCGACCGAUUCCUCAGAGCUGCUCAUCGAGGUCAAUGGGAACGGCAAGAGGCACAGCCCUGACAGAAGGGAUGACAACAGCUUCGAGAGGGAGCCGCUGCCAUCAGAGCCGCCGGCCAAGCGUGUGUGCACCAUCAGCCCCGCGCCCCGGCACAGCCCGGCACUCAGCAUCCCCCUGCUGAACCCCGGCGGGCAGUUCCACCCCACCCCACCGCCCCUCCAGCACUACACCCUGGAGGACAUCGCCACCUCCCACCUGUACAGGGACCCCGGCAAGAUGCUGGAGCACAGGGAGAUCCGGGACAGGCACGGCGGGCUCGGUCUGAACGGAGGUUACCAGGACGAGCUGGUGGAUCACCGCCUGACAGAGAGGGAGUGGGCCGACGAGUGGAAGCACCUCGAUCACGCACUGAACUGCAUCAUGGAGAUGGUGGAGAAGACCCGGCGCUCCAUGGCCGUGCUGCGGCGCUGCCAGGAGGCCGACCGCGAGGAGCUCAACUACUGGAAGAGGAGAUGCAGCGAGGCCGAGCCGCGCAAGGCGGGGGGAGCAGAGCUGGGCACGGCCCGGCACAGCCCCGGCAGCUCCGACUCCAUCGGCAGCGAUUCGCUGCGGGAGUUCAGCAGCAGGUCGGGGACGGGCUACGUCACCGAGGAGAUUUGGAAGAAAGCAGAAGAAGCCGUGAACGAGGUGAAGCGCCAGGCCAUGUCCGAGGUGCAGAAGGCCGUGGCAGAGGCCGAGCAGAAGGCGUUCGAGAUGAUCGCAUCCGAGAGGGCGCGCAUGGAGCAGACCAUCGCCGACGCCAAGCGCCAGGCCACCGAGGACGCUUUCCUGGUGAUCAACGAACAGGAGGAGUCCACGGAGAGCUGCUGGAACUGCGGGCGCAAGGCCAGCGAGACGUGCAGCGGCUGCAACAUCGCGCGCUACUGCGGCUCCUUCUGCCAGCACAAGGACUGGGAGCGGCACCACCGCAUCUGCGGGCAGAGCCUGCACGGCCACGGCCACGGCAAGGGGCUGGCCCUGCCCGCGGGGCGCUCGGCCAAGGGCAUGGACGGCGCGCCCAGCCCCGGCCUGGAGAAGAGCUCGGCAGCCACCUCCCGCUCCUCCACGCCCGCGUCUGUGACAGCGAUAGACACGAACGGACUCUAAAGGGGAAGUUUGGGUUCAGCCCGUUUCAUUCCUUGUCCUGGUGUUUUUUGUUUGUUUUUUUUUUGUUGUUGUUUUUUUGAAGUCGGAAAAUAAAACCCACGGGAACUCGAAUCAGUUGCCACGUCGGACAAACCCACGGCCCCUCCGCACCCAUCGCUGGGAAGGAGUCGGGGCUGCAGGCAGGAGAGCUGAGCUGAGCGGAGCCCCGUCCCCAAGGGUCAAACACGUGCAGGCUCCUUCCCUGGGCUGUCCCAAGCGCUCCGUGUUCAGCCCCAGGUGUGUGGAACGCGUCUGUUGUUACCCUGCUCGCAGCGGGUGCUGCUGGCUGCAUGCUGCUCCAUCCUGCAGUGCGGGGACAGGGACAGGGUCCCCUCGGGGGUGGGGGCUGCAGCUGCAGCUGGCGGUGGCUGCAGGGGAUGCUGCACAGUCCCUCUGUGCCAGGAUGGGCAGCAGUGUUGGGCCUGAGGUUGGAGCUUUGAACAGCUGCAGACCAAACCUGGUUCCCUCACGGGCGGUCAUUCCCUUUCCACCCGGGUGCCGGUAUUUGCUACGCAGGAAGCAUUCUUCUGUUGCCUGGAAGUUGUUGGUUUGGGAGGUGCUACUGUUGUCUUCAACCGCACAGGUCGCAGUGUGAGCGCAGUGGGCUGUCACAGCCUGCUCUUCCCAAACAGCUCCUGCCCCCGGGCCCCGUGCAGCUCUCCCCAGAGCCUGACCCAAAGCCGUGGGGCCCAGGACCCCCGCACUGCCCCCCACAGCGCCCUGCAGCCAGCACUGCCCAGGCCGGCAGGGGCUGUGCUCCAGCACCGCGCUGUCACCAGUGCAGGAACGGGAGGAACCGGAGCGCACCCGCACUGAGCUCAUGCUGUGCUGCACACAAAUGGGAUUGAGGAAAGCAUCUGCUCAGCAAAGCUGCAUCUCCGGGACUGGUUUUGUGCACUCGCUGGGUUGCAGCCCAAUGAGGGAAGUAAUUCCCAAAUUAUUUUUGAUCACUUUUUCAAUUGGAGGCGAAUAACGGAGAUGCAACGAGCAGUCCUGGAGCUUGCAGCGGUGCAGCCGGCGCUGUGCUGGGGAUGAGCAGUGACUCUGCCCUGCAGGGAACGCUGCUUCGGGAGCUGCUCUGCGGCCCAGCCCCGCGUCUGCAGGGUUUGAUUUUGCAAAAAAAAACGCCCCAAGUUCUCCUGGUUCUCAUGGAACAGCCCCGUGGCAGCCGGGCUCAGCUCACAUCCCGCAGCCUGAGGGCCGGGAGCUGCCCCAGGGCCCGGUGCAGCUGCAUGUGUACAUAGCUCGUCUUCCAUCGCCCUCGUGCAACUUGGGUGGCUGUGCAUCAAAAUUAACCCCAGUGUAAAUGAGUACAAUACUAACAGUCAUGAUUAGGAUUAUUAUUUUUUUAAACAUGUAAUGAUAAAUGUGAACUCUGGACGGGGGCAGACUUGUGGGAUUGAGUUUUCUGUUUUUCUUUUUUUUUUUUUUUUUUUUUUUUUUCUUUUUUUUUUUUUUGACAUUUAAUUCUGUAAUAGGAAUUUGUUACUUCAUUCCUGUGCAUAACUUAUUUAAUGUACUGUAUAAAGGAACCCAAACUGUUACAGAUGUAUUUAGUUUGUUCUACUCCAAAGUAGUCAAUAAAAGGACUCUAUUCAUCACA